AUGUCAACCCAGUCAGCGGAGAAGAUAGCAAGUAUUAUCGAGCGUAAUUCAAUUUACUCCAAAACCAUUCAUGUUCAACCACCACUACUCAGUGUUGGAAUAGAGAAGAAUAAAUCACUUGGAAAACGUGGUACUGUUAUUGUUUCAUGCGCCGAUCCUCGCAUCACUCCUGAGAAAUUCCUUGGUCUUGAGUUUGCCGAGGCGGCCAUCCUUCGUAAUGCGGGAGGACGCGCUCGUCCUGCUCUAUCCAGCCUUCUCGCCCUCGACAGUCUAGGAAAUACAGGCACCAUUAUUGUGAUUCACCACAAUGACUGCGGGAUGUCUCACUAUUCAGAAUCUGAAUUCCAGGACAGAUCGAAAGCGAAGCAUCCUGAGAUUGAUCUUCAUGGAGAGGAGUUUGGUGCUAUUGUAGACCCCGAGAAUACAGUAAAGGAAGAUGUGGCGUAUCUGAAAUCAUUUGAGAGUUGGGGAAAGGCGAAUGUAGAAAUCGUGGGAUUAGUCUUAGACACGUUCUCUGGAAUCGUGAAGAGAAUGGUUUAA